UAGGUCUAAUCUCUUUCUCUGAUUAGGGCUGUUUUCUCAAGGAAUAUUAAACUUUUCUACCAAGAGAAUCAUCAUGGCUGUUAUUGCAGAUAUGGCAGAGACACAAAUACAGUUGGCGGAACCUGCUGUUCCACCUAUAACUACAUCCAUUAUAUAACUUUGGAGCGCUGGGCCUUGGACUGGUGGCUGGAGGCUGCAUGGGAGCCAUGUCUGCAGAGAUGGCCUGCUUUUUAAAAGAUGCUACACAAAGUCAGACAGAACUCAUGAUGAAGAUUUCCGAACUUUACCCAUUUAUUACUUCUUCGUAUGUCACCUACAUGUCUCUGCUAGGUGCCACAUUGUCAUCAGUGGCUGGAGUAGCAGGCGGAUGCCAAGCUUAUAAUGUGGUCAAGAGACAGCGAUGGGAAGAUAUAUCAGGAAAGGCUUUAGCUCUGGCUGCGUCUGUGGCUGUACUUGGAGUCGGAGUGACUGGAGCUGCACUAGGAGCUAUUUUGGAAAUAUUUUUUUCCAACUUUAUGUUGAAUGUCUUUUCAGUGAAUUCUGGUGUAACAUUCAUGUUAUGGCACACACUGGCCAGCACAAUAAUAUCCUUAUUUCUCUGUGCUUUUUCUGGAUUUUUCUAUGGCUGUAUCAGUGUUUUUGUGUCAUUUAUGAUAUGUUUGUUGAUAUAUUCAGAGCGUCUAAUGGCCAUAUUGUUUUUUGGCACAGAAUUCAUUUUUUUCUUAGACUUGGGGUCUAUGUUGCCCCUCAUUCUUCCAUCUCUGCUGCUUUGCCUGUUUCAAAAAUUCCAUCUCAGCAAGAAAGCUGUGGGAAUACCAAGCAUUAUGGUCACUACAGUUCUCAUAGCCAGGAGCUACUUUCAUGAUAAAGACCAACCAGUGCCUUCAUUAGAUCCAGCUGAAUUCACUAUACCUGCUUUGCUAGUUCUGGAGCGCUUCUUUGUUCUAGUCCUCGGUGUUCAGAUGUUUCAGGCUUCUUGUGGGGCUGUGCUGUUCUCCUAUUUUGUCACUGAGGGGGAAGGUGAUGUCUGCACAGGUGCAGUGGCUGCCACAGUUGGAGUGCUCACAUUCUUAAUGAAAACAUCUAACAUGCUGGGCACUGGGGCAUCGCUGGGUGGCCUGCUGGCUGCAUCUGGGGGAGCUGGCGUGGCCCUUAAUGCAGCAGGAGAUCUGGGCCAGAGAUAUGGAGGACUUGCAGGAAGAUCAGGAGCAGUAAUAGGAGGUGCAGUUGGAGCUUUUCUGGCUUUAGGGACUCAGAAUCUGAAAUUUGGGAUUAUGGUGUCUCUCUGUGCAGCUGCUAUUCCAGGAUCACCUUAUAUACUGUUUGUUUAAACGGGAUCAUGCAAAGAUGACAAGUUAUGUGUGGUAUUCAUUUUGCAAAUGUUAAAAAAGUGCUUGGUAGUUUACAUAUCACAAUACUACAUCACUAUAUAGCAGAACACAAGCCUGAUUUUGUGAAUAACCCAGUGAUCUGGGUUGUAAGAAUCAGCAACAUCAAUUGCUGUUUCAAAUCUCAGAGGGGUUAAAGAACUCUAAGAUAAAUAUGAUGGCACUGGGGUAGAGCUUAAUUGAGAGACAGGGGCAAUUAUGUCCAUGGGAACUAUGAUAAUACUAAAUUGUCACUAGGCUCUACUGAUUAACCCUCUGGGGACUGAUGCAUUUUUCUCGAUUUU